AUGCUUUCUGUUUUCAUUUCCCCAGUCGAAUGCGAUGGUGCUCAGUGGGAUUCACUUCUAGAACGUGUGUCGGACGAGAUCGCAAACAAUACUAUUCGAAUCGCCCAGCAACCAUCGUUCCGUGAAGGAGACCACUGUCAACCCGGAUUACUCUCUGUCGGUCCCAUUUUCCUCGAAGUCAAAUCCACCGCAGGAAGCACAACCUCAGAUCCAAACACAGAUCUGUUCGAGAUUUCCUUGUCCGAAUUAAUGUGUGCGGCUCAGCACACAUGGCGUUAUCAUUUGAUCCGUGUGAUUUGGGAUCGGAAUACAGACGGUUCACCCCAGCUGGCGGUUGCUCCACGGAUUGUGCAUGUGCCGGAUCUGGCAACGGAACUACGUCAGCAUUCACCUGUUCUCAAACUGUGUUGUGCUAUGUUGCGUACCAAUCUCUCCUAA